AAGAAUGUUCAGACAAACGUGGAACUCGUGAUAUCCCCGCUGGUCGCCUCAUAACUGUUCUUUGGGGUAUUAUGGAUAAUCCUUCCCACCUUGAAAGCCAGUCUGGCCCUCAUGAUGCUGCGAAUCCAAAUCAGGGUGCAGGCACUAUUGUUACGACAGUUCCUAGCUUCAUAGAUAGACUUUAUACUGCGCUGAAGAAAAGCCUCGGGGCUUUAUCUGACAACACCUCCGAAGAUCCUCAGCAUAAUAUACCACGAUAUAUUACCAAAGUUACCGCGCAUUCGCGAGGCUACCCACGACUUGCUGCACUAGCUACUGUAGAUGACGAAUACUUGAUCUUCCGUCAAUUUAGGUACCUGCGUGUGAGGGUUCUAUUGGACCUCCAAGCCAGGCUACAAGCAUACGAAAAGGAUCUUAAGGAAUAUGACAGAAUCAACCGCCACAAUCCGCGACCUAUACAGCAGACGGAAUUGCUAACGAACAUCGAAGAGACAAUAAAAAGAUAUCGGGCAAUGAUGGAUUGUGUUUCUUCUCCACAGAGACAACCUCCCGAGACGACCAUCGAGGCCUUAAUCAAAUUUUUCAGGAAGCACGGUCCAGUUACCAAGGAGGAAGAUGAGUAUUACUUGUAUCAGGGGGACCUGGUAUCGUUGAAACCACAUGGAGAAACAGCACGCGUUGAUAAUUUCCUCACGGCACUUCUAUACAAUAACCCUCAUAAACUGAUUAAGAAAGCUUUUGGGGACGAAGAGAGAACCCGCCAAAAUGGAGGUGUUACAGUUCUCAGCCCAGAGAAAAUAGGGGCCACCGGAGAAGCUAUCCUGGUCUUAGUGAUCAUCUUGAUUUAUAUGUUACCUAUUUGGCCUUUGUAUCUUUUAUGCCAGAGAGACAUAACUACUCUUACGCUAUCAUCGCUCAUGCUCAUCCUGUUCGGCUCUACGGGCGCCUUCAUUUAUUCUCUCAAAUAUAUCACUCGACUAAAACGACAGGAGUUAUUUGCAUAUUCUACAGGUUAUGUGGCAAUACUCGCAGCGUUCAUCAGCCAAACUCUCCAGAACAAGAAGUCAUGAGAAGCAUAUGUAGUCUGAAUCGUUCGGUAUAUUGGAAGGGCUACUUUAGGUACACCUGUCUGGUUUGUUAUACUACAUAGUACAAGUACGUACCUGCGUUAUUCAUGGGGUUAUACACCAGCAAAACACAACCGUGCUUUAGGUAUUGCUAGAUAAACAUGGUGUAUGGACAAUUAUAACAAUG